AUGAAACCAGAAACUUUAGUUAUGAAAAUAAUAGAAGCUAUGGAAACGAAUUCGCCGACUCUAAUAACUUACAACGGUAAAAAAGUGCACAUAACCCAAAAGAUUAUCGAUAAAUACAAACAUUGCAAAGUCAGAGACGAUAUAGACUUGGAAAGAAUUGAUGAGAAUUUAACUAAAAAAGGUGGAUUUUUACCUUUCUUACCUUUAAUCUUUGCUGGUUUAACUGCAGCUGGUGCAGCUACUGGGGGAAUAUCUGCCGCAGUCAAAGCUGCCAACGCAAAUAAAGCAGCUGCAGUAAAAGAAGCUGAAGAACGUAGACACAAUUUGGCAAUGGAAAGAGAAGCACGAGGAGGUUCGGGAAUAGGAGAUAUAUUAGGGACGGUUAAAGAAUUCGGACAAAGAUUUGGCGAAGAAACCAAGAAAACCGUUAAAGAGGGAUUAAGCAAAUUAAUAGAUAAAAUCGACACCGGAGAAAUGAAGGUCAAACACAAGGGCGACGCCAUAUUUUUUAAAAACAUACGUUCGGGCGAGGGAAUCUUCCUUUCAAAGUAUAAAGGCAACGGGGUGAUUUUUGAUUUCGAUUCUCUGUAUAUCUACACAACAACACCAGAGCAAUCGUAUUAUCAAUUCCUCAAAGCUUUGGAAUAUUUACCAAAGAAAGACGUUCAAGACAUAUUUCAAUAUUACGAAGAAAACGAAGAAGAAGUGGAAAUAAAAGAUAUCAUAGAAAACUUCAUUAAAUCAAAGAAUCCAUCUUUCAAUCCAACGGAUAUAAAAGUUUUUCUUACGAAAAAUGUUAAUGAUCUAGACUUGUCUAAUAUUGAUAGCAAUCGAAAGAACUUAAUAUUGUUUGACGACUGCGUAGCGCAAAGAAAUCAAACUGUUCAACAAGAAUUCUUCACCAAAUGA